AUGGAAGACUGCAUCUUCAAAACUAUGAUAUCCUCUUUUGCCCUGUUUGUCUUCUAUGUUAUGAUUAGACUUGUGAAUAACUUCUGGUGGAGACCCAGAAAUAUAGAGAAAAUUUUGAGGCAACAAGGGAUCAGAGGCUCUUCCUUCAAGCCUUUUGCCGGUGACAUCUCAGAGAUGAAGAACUCAGCCCAGAAAGCAUCGUCAAAAGCGAUCCCCCUCAAACACCAAAUCGUCCCUCGAGUCAUCCCUUUCGUUCACAAAAUGGUUCAACAAUAUGGAAAUGUUUCUCUGUGUUGGUUUGGAAGAAGACCAAGAGUUAUAAUAGCGGACGCAGAACUUACGCGGUUGAUUUUAUCAAAUAAGAAUGGUCACUUUGUCAAGCCACCACGUAAUCCCCUUAGCAGUCUUCUAACAUUAGGAUUGUCAUCACUGGAAGGCGAUAAGUGGAACAAACGCAGAAGGGUAAUAACAUCAGCUUUCCAGCUUGAGAAGUUGAAGGCAAUGGUGCCAGCAUUUUCAACCAGCUGUUGCAGCAUGAUCGAGAGAUGGGAAAAACUAGUAGAACCCCAAGGAUCGUGUGAAUUGGAUGCUACUUCAGAAUUCGAUGUUCUCACCGGUGAUGUUAUAGCUCGAACAGCCUUUGGAAGCAGCUACCAAGAGGGAAAGAAAAUAUUUCAACUGCAAAAGGAGCAAGCAAUCUUGGUCAAUGAAGCCUUAAACAACAUCUAUGUCCCGGGUUUCAGAUUCUUACCAACUACGAAGAACAAAAGAAGGUACAACCUAGAUGUCCAAAUCAAAGCUUCUUUACAUGAUAUUAUUCGGAAGAAAGAGCAAGCAAUGAAGGAGGGUAAAUUAAAAGAAAGUGAUUUAUUAAGUAUACUACUACGAUGUAGAGAACAAAGUAACUCCCUAACAACUGAGGAUGUGAUUGAGGAAUGCAAAUUGUUUUACUUUGCUGGCCAAGUGACCACAGCUAACCUGCUUGCAUGGACUAUGAUAGUUUUAUCUAUGCAUCCUGAUUGGCAAGAAAAGGCAAGAGCAGAGGUUUUGGAGCUUAUUGACAGAAAAGCACCAGAUUUCGAAGCCAUAAAUCGCCUCAAGACAGUGUCAAUGAUACUAUAUGAAGUUUUGAGAUUAUAUCCUCCUAUAACUAUGAUCAAUAAAUACACUCGGUGUGAAACAAGGGUAGGAAGCAUGUCCAUCCCAGCUGGCGUGGAGCUUUGUUUACCCUUCUUACUUCUUCAUUAUGAUAGUAAUUAUUGGGAGAACCCCGAAGAGUUCAAACCAGAUAGGUUUACUGAAGGGGUUUCGAAAGCUUCAAAAGAUCAUAUUGCUUUUUAUCCGUUUGGUUGGGGCCCAAGAAUCUGUCCUGGCCAAAGCUUCUCCUUAUUGGAAACAAAGAUGGCUCUGGCUAUGAUUCUUCAACGUUUCUCUUUCCAGCUCUCACCCUCUUAUGCUCAUGCACCAAUUAGUUCCAUCACUCUUAAGCCACAACGUGGAGCUCCCAUUGUUAUUCGCCGCAUUUAA